AUGUUCCUUCUUUUUCGCUUCCAGCCUGCCAGCCGCGGUGUCAUUUGGGACCAGGAGAUCUUCGACACCUGGAUCUACAACCAGGACCGAACCUACUUUCACACCUUUGAAACCGAAGACUGUCUCGCUGGCCUCUCCUUUGUCGACGAGAAGGAGGCCAAACAGUUCAAGAAGAAGAUGGACGACAGGGAAAAGAAUGCCAGCAGGGCCACCCGCUCCACCCCGUUCGGUGGUUCCGCCCAGCAGAGCUCCCAUCGCCACGGCAUCCUGGGCCUCUUCGGCAGCCACCGACACGCUGCCGCCCCGACACCCCCCGAGUCGCCUCGCAACCACCUGCCGCCGCCCACGCCCCUCGCACCGUCACAUUCCAGCCUUCCCUCGCUCGGACAUGCCAAUGGCCAGAGGUCCUCCGAAUUCGCCAUUCUCGAGGCCUUUGACCCACAUUGGCGGGAGAACUACGGCCAGGAGCUGAGCAACAAUGGGCUGGCGGACGACUUUAUCAAGGAGAAUCAGGAAUUCAUCGUCGACUUUCUCAAGGACGCGCAGCAGAAGAACGAGGAACCCCCGCAGCCAACACACCGCGCCGCACCGCCUGCUCCUCCCCCGGCGCCUACCUCUGCGCACGCGCCGCCGCCGCCGCCACCACCACCACCUGCCGUCAAUGGCAACGAUGCCCGCGGCAACAGGGUACCGCCUCCCCCUCCACCACCUCCGCCUGGAGGCCACGGUGAUGCCUCCGACUCGCCUUCGAACUCGAGGCGAGGCGCGCCGCCUGCGCCACCGCCCUCACGCCGCCCCGUCAGCCACGAGCCGGCUGUGCCUGAGAAGGAGCCCACGCCGCCCCCCAGCGAGCCUCCGCGACCUCGAUUUGCCGUCCCACCGCCCCUGGCCGAUGCCGGCAAGCUCGCCCACGUUCCACCUCCACGGGCGGCGCCGGCAGCCCACACGCCGAACCCCGGACCUCCGCCGCCUCCUCGCCCUCCCAAGACGCCCAUCCACGAGGAGGAAAGGCCCGCAAAUCACCGGUUUGGCGUGCCUCCCGCAUUCACCGGUGCCAGGAACCCCGUGCCGCCUCCCCCCCCUAGUCGCAACACGGGACCUCCUCCUGCGCCGCCCAGCCGGGGACCGGUUCCUCCAGCGCCGCCCCCAAGAGCACCUGCGCCGUCCAUGCCCGGGCCGCCCCCGCCUUUGCCCCCGAAAGGUGCUGGCCCGCCACCCCCGCUACCACCUUCGACAACGCGGCCGGUGCCCCCUCCUCCUGGCGCCAACGGCAUUCCCGCGCCUCCUCCUCUGCCGCCGAGCGGCGCACCUGCCCCUCCUCCUCUGCCGCCGAGCGGCGCACCUGCCCCUCCUCCUCUACCAUCAGGCGGCGCACCUCCCCCUCCUCCCCCGCCGCCUCCAACACCAGGAGGCCCAGGCGGUCCUCCUCCCCCGCCACCACCUCCUCCGCCCGGCGGGCUCGGCGGUCCGCCACCGCCUCCGCCAAUGCCGAACCGCGAUUCGGGUUACGCAUCGGGCGUGCCGCCCGCCGCCGUGCCAAGCGCCGACCCCAGCCGAUCGGCCAUGUUGGACGGCAUUCAUAAAGCCGGCGGCAUCGGCGCGCUCAAGAAGGUCGACAGGUCGCAGAUUCGCGACCGAAGUUCAGCUCAGGUCGGCGGCAGCGGCGGUGGCGAUACGGGACCCCACGGCAGCGGUCUCCCGCCGGCCGGCGCUUCAAGCGGAGGCGGUGGAGGCGGAAUGGCUGACGCGCUGGCCGCGGCGUUGCAAAAGAGGAAGGAGAAGGUCAGCAGGAGUGAUGACGAGCGUAGCGACAACGAUGACUGGUAA